AAGUCCAUUUUUUUGUGGAAAAUUUCGACCCUUUGGUAACGGAACGAAGAGAAAUUGACAGAUCGCUGGGCGGCAAUUUUUGCCGGCACUUGUUUAAUAAUAAAGGCAUUUUGUGGUUUUGAGAAUGUUUUCCAGCGUCGCUAAAACACUGCUCCGUAAUGGAACGUACCGUAGUUACUGCACCGACCCGUCUCGUAUAGAAAAGACUGUGAAUUCUGUAACGCUUUUGGGACGAGUAGGAGCGGACCCACAACGGCGAGGUAAUGAAGAUCAUCCAGUGGUCAUGUUUUCGGUGGCCACGCACUCGAAUUACAAGUACGAAUCGGGAGAUUGGAUGCAGAAAACCGACUGGCAUCGCGUCGUCGUGUUCAAGCCAGGACUUCGCGAUGCAGUAAUGUCGUAUUUGAAAAAAGGCCAACGAACUAUGAUAACGGGAAAAAUUACAUAUGGCGAGAUCACGGAUCAGGAAGGAAAACAGCGCGGCACUUGCAGUAUCAUAGCGGAUGAUGUAAUCUUUCUUCAGAGUUGAAUCAGGGCCUCGUAGUAUAAGCCGUAUUAUUGUAGGGUUUCUGGAGUUUUGUCGAAUCGAAAAGUUUUAAUAAACUUCUUCACAGUUAAUAGCCAGGGCAAAUAAUAGGGCUUUUCUUGAAAUU